UCCAUACCGUGUUAUCUCUGACCGCAACGCUUCGGCGUGGGAAGACGCUCAGUAGGGCGCAACUUAACAUUAGUCCUUCGCUGACUAUCCACCCUCGGGUAUUACGCAAGCAGGCAUUUUUUUAAUUCGACCGUUACUUUUGUUUUUCCUGUUUUACGAAAAAUAACCAAACCUACUGUGACGAGCUUAAUAAAAAAUAGACUCAAAGCAGUUACAGUAUAGAAUCAGCUUCUGCCUUAUAGUUACAGGGAACGAGCGUAGUUGCUGACAGUUCUCUGUUGGGAGGUUGGGACGUUGUUGUUAGGCGAGUUCCAUAACGUGAAGGAUGAGGCUGCUACGUCGGGGCUGGCUGGCUUUCACUCUGCAGAAUGUAGACUCCGCCCCGAGUUUCUAAAUCUACUCACUGUGGUUACCCACACCUCAGCCGUAGCUCUGACGGCCCAGAACGGAGGCUUUCGGGCACCUGUAGACCACCCCAACUCGGAAGUCUCUUCUCAGGUGUACACCCCGCACUCCCAAAGGUUUUGCGACGAGUGAAUCCGAAGCUAGCUGAACUCAGAGAGUGAGACUGAAAGCAGCCCUGACUCAUGAUCAGCUUGGAAAAAUCCUGCUGCAAUGAGAUGCUACUGGAAACGAUCAGUGACGACGGUUGGUUCCUUCCUGUUUUUUUGUCUUUUGAUGUACCUCUGUAUGAAGGAUGAAGGGAGCAUUUUGGAAGAAGAAGAAAAGAGAUUGGCCAAAGAAAUAGCUGUACAACAGUUGUAUUCAGAGAGGAAUGUGCAGAACUUCAGGGAGCUGAUAAACUUUUCUGCACCUAUUAAUGUCACCUAUCAAUAUUUAGUAGGUUAUCCUUUACUGAAAAAGAAAUACCUUACAGUAGGACUGUCUUCAGUGAAACGAAAACGUGGGAAUUACCUCUUUGAAACAUUAAAAUCCAUAUUUGAUCAGUCCUCAAAUGAAGAGCUCAUGGGGAUGGUGAUAGUUGUACACUUAGCAGACUUUGACAUGGCAUGGAAUGCACAAGUGGUUCAAGACAUUUCCAGAAAAUUUGCUCACCAUAUCAUCUCUGGCCAUUUGAUUAUCAUUCACGCUCCCCAAUUGUACUAUCCAUCUCUAAAAGGCCUGAAACGAAAUUAUAAUGAUCCAGCUGAUCGUGUGACUUUCAGGUCUAAACAAAAUGUUGACUAUGCUUUCCUGCUCAAUUUCUGUGCAAAUUUAUCCGAUUAUUACCUAAUGCUGGAAGAUGAUGUUCAGUGUGCCCGUUCUUUCUUAACAGCAAUCAAGAAAUUCCUUGCUUCAAAAGAGGGCUCCUAUUGGGUGACCUUGGAAUUUUCCAAGUUGGGUUACAUCGGAAAACUUUACCAUUCUACUGACCUUCCAAGAUUGGCCCACUUUCUACUGAUGUUUUAUCAAGAGAUGCCAUGUGACUGGUUACUGAUUCAUUUUCGAGGACUUCUCACUCAGAAAGACGUCAUCCGCUUUAAGCCUUCCCUUUUUCAACAUAUUGGAUAUUAUUCCUCUUUUAGAGGGACGGAAAAUAGGUUAAAGGAUGAUGACUUCGAAGAGGACUUCUUUGAUAUUCCCGACAACCCGCCAGCAACUAUCUACACAAGUCUCAAAGUAUUUGAGAACUAUGACCCCAAGAAAGCUUACAGUAAUGGUGAUGAGUACUUCUGGGGAAAAUCACCCUCCACUGGUGACUACUUCACUAUUGUAUUCAUGAAGCCAAUGAAUGUUACCAGAAUCCACGUUGUCACUGGCUCAGAAGAUAGACAUAAUGAUAUUCUUCAUUCUGGGAUCCUUGAAGUUGGAAAGAAUCUAAAAGUAACACAGAAGGCUGGUGCUGAAGGAAAGAGCAAACAAGUUGGUUGUGCCAAGAAGCAAGUUGUAAUGGAGCUUUAUGGAUCAUCUUCCAAAUGUGCCCACAAAAUGUUUUAUAUCUGGGAUAUCCGUUCUACCCAACACCAGCUAUUAACAAGCACAAUGAGAAUGCAACAUUGUUUUAUAUGUAAAUGGUAUAAAGUCAAAAUCUUAGAUUUCUGAGCAACGCUAUCUGCAUGAGGUCAUAAAAAAAUGCAUUAGGCAACUUGGAUUUGUUCCCCUCCCUUGCCUCAUUGACCAACUAGAGUUAAUAUCCCCAUUCGAUCAGACACAUUCCUUUGAAGCAUGAAGGUUUGGACACUUUGGUCACAAGUACAAUCAAUCUUGGAAGUGCAACAAGCUGGCAAGUUGGCUUUCUCCCUGCUGAGGCAUGCCUGUGUUGUCCAAACGGGAAGAGCUGGACAUGAGAAUCUUCUCCAACACUGCAGAUACAUUUUUACUUUGGAAGAUGAAAAUGGGAAUCGGGGUCUGUUUCUGAGUCCUGAAUCUGCUUCCCCCUUGCUAGAAACAUUUCUUGACCUGGGUCUUUUGAUUAGGAUUGCCCCUUAAUCGGCAUGGAGAUUGGUUCUGUGCCCAAAUAGGAGUAACAGGAGUGUUCUCCAAACCAGAGAAUUAAUCAGGAGACUUUUGGCUUGAGUGACGCUACAAGCUGUAGUAAAGAGUAUGUUGCUGAGGCGGUAUUUCUACACGAAGGUACCAUCUGACCAAUCUCAUUGAAAAUUGGAUUAAUAGACAGAAGAACCAGCCAGGCCACUGCCAACAGGCCAAUCCCUAUGGGAGGUGCCAUUUGGCUACACCAUCAUCAAAGUAGGUGGGGAGAACAUGUAAACUACCCUGGAUGAAUAGUUCCAAGUCUGCCACUUGCUGCCCACCUUCAGGCAGUUAAAUGACUCCCUCUUACACCACCCCUCUGCCCCUCCCCAACCCUGUCACUUCUUCUUUCUUCACCCACCACCAAAAAAAAACCUGUUGUCAGGAGAUUUAAGGCUGACUGGAAAUUCCCAUUUAGUCUCCUUAAACUAACAAGGCUCUCAAUGAGUCUAAUUGGCUGCAGGCAGCCCUUUUGGAUUCCAAAUCCUACUCAAUCUCUCUAAAUGUGCAACAAGCUGAUAUAUUCAUCUUUAUUCCACACCUCAGCAGGGCCUUAAAACUCUACCCUGAAAUUGAUGAAGAAAGAGAAUGGAACUGAUAGAGGACAAUAUGGGCUACUUUAAUACCUUAAAGAAUUCUCUGAAUCUGGAUGAGCUACCUGGAAGGCAAGCUGUUUCUUACUGGAGGUUUGAUUUGUGACUGUACUGAGAAUGCAAGGGUGACAGCUGGAAUUUCAAACCAUUAACUAUCUGAACGAGAUGUCUGGUCUUCUACAAUGUUGAUAUUCAUGAGGAAUUACAUUAUAUUUGUGCAAACCUUUGUACUAUGAUUCAAAGAAUGCCUUUACUUUAAUGUACUGUUUGAAUUGAUAAAGAAUGAUUAUUACUGUUUUCAAAGAAACUUUGUAAAUAAGAACUUUUACUCAUGAAUUCAUAUAAAUGGGGAAAUGCUUACUCGUGUGCUAUUUUAUAAGAUGAAGAAAGAGUUGUUUGACUAUUAAUUACAACCAUGAUCCAUCAUCAUAACAAACACCACAAUGUAUUGCCAUGAAAACCGAAGAACUGUGGAUGCUGUAAAUCAGGAACAAAAUCAGAAGUUGCUGUAAAAGCUCAGCAGGUCUGGCAGCAUCUGUGAAGGAAAACGUCAGAGUUAACAUUUCAGGUCCAGUGACCCUUCCUCGGAACUUUCGUCCUCUCCCCUUCCUCUGCCUCCACCCCCUCCCAAACCUCACCUCUUGUGGACAGAAUCACAUAUGUUUUGAAAAUAAUUCAUGACAAUAUAUUCUUCUUUUGCCUGAAUUUCUACUAUUCCAAAGGAUGAACGUUAUAAUGAUAGACCAACAAAAUGCAUCCUAUUCCAUUGAAGCAUAGGGGGAAUUUCUGCAAGUUUUCUAUCUAACCAGAAUGUGAAGUGUGUUGCAAAUACUUGAAGUAUACUUGAACUGAAAGUAAUUAUAAUAAAAAACUGUUAUGCCCUGUUACCAUUGUAUAGGAAAUCAUCCUGAUUGGUUGAUUUGCAUGCUAGCCAAAGUUGACUUUUUAUGGAAUUACAUCAUUUUAAUUAAAGCUGCCCACAGGAACAUCACUAGGAAGACUAUUAAACAUUCUCGUUAAAUUAGCCAGCAUCCUGACAUCCAUGUCUUGUGCAGCUGGUGGCAAUCUCCAAGUAAAAUUGUUUGAUUCUUUGAGUGGCAACUAUUGAUUAGUUAGAUCUGGGAAGUACGCUUGACCAUUGGAGCCUUGUAGAUGCUUCAAUCGACUUAUCCAAGUAUACUGUGAGAGGGAUGUUUCCACUGCACCAGAAAAGCCUUCACAUGUGAGUUUUGUGUUGGGAGCCAGAACAGGCUUUGCGGGAUGUGAGAGUUUUAAGUAGCAGGGUUUGCACUGGAAGCUUCUGCCAGCAGCAAUCCCCUGACACUGCAAAACCUGUCGUUGUAGGUACACUUCUGGAGUUAUGCAUAUUGCACAGGAUCCACUUAGCGAGUUCCUGCAGAUGCUGAGCUGUUAAGGUGACCUGUGUAAGAGACAGCUAUCAAUUAUAUUUGUAAUAGGCAUAAACAGGUCCACUGAUUUAUGUAAUUGAAUCAUGUAAAAUCCUUUUAAAUUUUGCUAGCAUUUUGGAAAUUCUGUUCUGCAAUUCCAUUAUUGUUGUCAUUUUUCAAUGUAAAAUGUAAGUCCAUGAAUUUGGUUGAAAUCCAUUUGUGUAGUUCCUGAAGAGUACACUCGGUGUAAGUACUGAGCUACAAACCUCUUUUACAAUACACAAAUGAAAGAAGCAUUUUGUAAAGUUUAUGGAUGCAUACAGUUUGAAUACCCUGAGGGGAGUCGUAAAAAGUAAAACUUCGUACACCUGAAAGAUCAGAAUGAAUCUGUACUUUUAUGAUUCCAAUGAUUACCUGGCAAACAGUUCAAUUCAAUUAUCUUACAUUUGUAAUUGUAAUUCUGCCUCCAGUGCUGAAAAGACCAUGAAUUUUAGAUUUGCAUCUCCUUAAUUUGAAGGGAAUCAUGCUUCCAUUAAGUUGAUAAUGAGUCAGACUCUCCAAAAUCAUUAUCACCAGAGGCCUAACUGGUAAGGCAGAUGAACUCAGGGCAUUGUUGGGAACAUGGGACUGGGAUAUGAUAGAAAUUACAGAGAUGUGGCUCAGGGAUGGACAGGACAGGCAGCUUAGUAUUCCAGGAUAUAGAUGCUAUAGGAAGGAUAGAAAGGAGGGGAAGUGGUGUUUUUGAUUAGGGAUAACAUCACAGCUGUACUUAGGGAGGUAUUCCUGGGAAUACAUCCAGGGAAGUUAUUUGGGUGGAACUGAAUAAUAAGGGGAGUACUGAGAUUGUAGUAUAGACCUCCCAGUAGUCAGUGGGAAAUUAAGAAGCAAAUUUGUAAGGAGAUCUCAGUUAUCUGUAAGGAUAAUAGGGUAGAGGAUUUUAAUUUUCCAAACAUAGACUGGGACUGCUGUAAUAUUAAGGGCUUGGAUAGAGAGGAAUUGAGUGCAUACAAGAAAAUUUUCUGAUUAAAUAUUUGGAUGUACCUUCUAGAGAAGGUGUAAAACUUGACCUCCUCUUGGGAAAUAAGGAUGCCUGAGGUGUCCGUGUUUAAAAAUACAGUGAAAAGUGUGUACCUUCGCCAUUUGUACAUGGCACCAUUCACAUUAACUUAAAAUAAGACAAGAAAAAAGUGAUAACAAGAAAAUCCAACCUUCCUUUCCACUGCCACAGUCCUGCUCCGGGCUUUCCAGCCCUUGCUAUGCCUCUGCCAGAAGCCCACUUUCUAGCCCGUGCCAUGCUGCUGCCACCAUCCCACUCUGGGCUGGCUCACUAGCCCACUCUCACCGCCCCUGCCUCGUCGGUCCACUCUCACUGGCCCAACCUUGAUGCUCUGACUCACACUUGAUCCUACAUUGCUGCAGGGCACAACCCGCGUAUUCAGCUUUGCCACGUGGCUCCCGGUUGCGGCCCAACUCCUUCCCGUCUCCUUAGGUAGGUAGUUAAAACGGAAUUGCAGGGGAAGGGAUGGAAUUACUACAGGAGAGAGAAGAAGGGAGGGAAAAUAAGGGACAAAGAAAGAAAACUGGCGAGCAGAGUGAAACUCCAAAUACAGCCACUUACCCUACCAUCAUCUUGCCAGAUGCUUUGCUAAUAGUUUGGCAAGAUGGAUGAUAAUGGAGUGACAAGGAUAAUGAAGAGAGUUGGGGAGCAAUUUGGGGCCAGUGACCAUAACUACUAGUUUUAAAAUACUGAUGGAAAAGGAUAGACCAGAUCCAAAAGUUAAAGUUCUAAAUUGGAGGAAGGCCAACUUUAAUGGUAUUAGGCAAGAAUUUUCAAAAAUUGAUUGAGGGUGGAUGUUCAGAGAUAAAGGGAUGGCUAGAAAAUGGGAAGCCUUCAAAAAUGACAUAAUGAGAGUCAGGAGUCGUUAUGUUCCUGUUAGGGAGAAGAGCAAGGCUGGUAGGUGUAGGAAUGCUGGAUGACUAGAGAUAUUUAAGUUUUGGUCAAGAAAAAGAAGGAAGCAUAUAUCAGGUAUAGAUGGCAGAGAUCGAGUGAAUCCCUAGAAGAGUAUAAAGGGAGUAGGAGUAUGCUUAAGAGGGAAAUCAGGAGGGGAAAAAACAGGACAUGAGAUUGCUUUGGGGAAUAGACUUAAGGAGAAUCCAAAGGGAUUCUACAAAUAUGUUAAGGACAAAAAGGCAAUAAGGGAGAGAAUAGAGCCCCUUGAAGAUCAGCAAGGUCACCUAUGUGUGGAAACGCAGGGGGAGAUAUUAAAUAUAUAUCUUACAAUGGUAUUUGCUCCGAGGAAGGAUAUGAAAGAUAGAGAACAUGGGGAAAUAAAUAGCACCAUCUUGAAAAAUGUCCAUUUUACAGAGGAGGAGGUGCUGGAUGCCUUACAAUGUAUAAAGGCGCAUAAAUCCCCGGGACCUGAAAGCCGUCUCCUAGGACUGUGUGGGAAGCAGGGAAGUGAUUGCUGGGCCUCUUGGUGAGAUAUUUCUAUCAUCGAUAACCACAGAUGAGGUUCUGGAAGACUGGAGGUUGGCUAACAUCAUGCCAUUAUUUAAGAAGUGGUAAAGAAAAGCCAGGGAACUACAGACCAGUGAGCCUGUCAUCAAUAGUGGACAACUUAUUGGAGAGAAUGCUGAGGGAUAAGAUUUGUGUGAAUUUGGAAAGACAAGGACUGUUUAGGGAUAGUCAAUGUGACUUUGUGCAUGGGAAAUCAUGUCUCAUUACUUCUUCAAAAACUCAAUCAAGUUAAUGAAGAGGAUUAAUUAGGGCAAAGCCGUGGAGGUGAUCUAUAUGGACUUCAGGAAGGCAUUCAACAAGGUUCCUCAUGGUAGACUGGUUAGCAAAGUUAGAUCACACGGAAUAGACAGAGAACUCACUAUUUGGAUACAAAAUUGGCUUGAAGACAGAAGACAAACAGUGGUGAUAUAGGGUUGCUUUUCAGACUGGAGGCCUGUGACCAGAGGUAUGCCACAAGGAUCGGUGAUAGGUUCAUUACUUUUAAUCAUUUACAUAAAUCAGUUGGAUGUGAACAUAGGAGGUAUGGUUAGUAAGUUUGCAGAUGAUACCAAAAUUGGAAGUGUAGUGGACAGCAAAGAAGCUUACCUCAGAUGUAACAGGAGCUUGAUCAGAUGGGCCAAUGGGCUGAGGAGUGGCAGAUGGAGUUUAAUUUAAAUAAAUAUGAAAUGCUGCAUUUUGGAAAGGCAAAUCAGGGCAGGACUUAUACAUUUAAUGGUAAGGUCCUGGGGAGUGUUGCUGAACAAAGAGACUUUGGUAUGCAGGUUCAAAUUUCCUUGAAAGUGAAGCCCUGGGUAGACAGGGCAGUGAAGAAGGCAUUUGGGAUGCUGGCCUUUAUUUGUCAGUGCAUUGAGUGUAGGAGUUGGGAAGUCAUGUUGCAGCUAUACAGGACAUUGGUCAGACCUCUUUUGAAAUACUGCGUGCAACUAUGGUCUCUCUGCUAUAGGAAGGAUAUUGUGAAACUUAUAAAUCUUUUCUGAACCCUUUCAAGGAUUUGCCAUGGUUUGAGCUAUAGGAAGAGGCUGAACAGGCUGGGGCUAUGUUCCCAGAGCAUCAGGGGCUGAGGGGUGACCUUGUAGAGGUUUAUAAAAUCAUGAGAGGUAUGGAUAGCCUGAAUAGCCAGAGUCUUUUUCCUGGAGUGUGGGUGGGGUUUAGAGUCCAAAACUAGAGAGUAUAGGUUUAAUUUGAGAAAGGAAAGACGUAAAUGGGACCUAAGGGGUAACUUUUCAUGCAGUGGCUUGUACGUGCAUGGAAUGAGCUGCCAAAGGCAGUGGUGGAGGCUGGUCCAAUUGCAACAUUUAAAAGGCAUCUGGAUGGGUACAUAAAUAGGAAGGAUUUAGAGGAAUAUCUGCCAAAUGGGACUAGAAUAAUUUCGGAUAUCUGAUCCACAUGGACGGGUUGGACAGAAGGGUCUGUUUCUAUGCUGUAUAUCUCUGACUCUAUGACAAUGCUCCAACAGUACUUAUCCUUCACUGACUUUUAAAAUUUUACAAUCAAAUAUAUUAAAAGGCAAAUAUUGAGUGGUGUCUAACAAAAUUGAAACUAAUAGCUUUUGUUAAGGUAAUAUUUUUACACACAGUGCCCUCCUAGUUGUAUCUAAUGUUGUCAGACUAAUUUCCAGGUCAUAUUUGACCCCAGUAUUUUUACCUUUUGCUCUUUGGGGUAAUUAUUGUAUAAUUAACCACGGCAGGUUACAGCUAAGGCACUGAAUUAAUGAUACGUGACAUGCAAAAUUUAUUAACAGUGUGUUAUAAGACUUAACUUAAAACUGAAGUCUGAGAAAGCCAGGAGUAACAGUAGCUUCAGUUACAAUUGUGGUUUAUUCCGCAUCCUUGGUUAUUCUCAAUUUUUAAAAUUGUACUUUUUAAAAGAUCUGGUAUUUAUUAAUAGAAAAUCAUAAAAGCAUAGCACCAUAGAUCUUGGGUGAGGUAUUGCAUGUACAAAAACAAGUUGCUGGCCAGGCAUUAGCAUUAUAUAGAAAUACAGAUCACGCACAGUGAUUUUAAAGUUUGGAUGACAGGUAGCUAGAAGCCAGUUAGAAAUAGGAUGAUUUGAAUUGAAUUUGAUACUGAAUAAUAGGCCGUUUUGGGAUACAGUUGCUUUUAUGAACAAUAAUAAAAUUGAAUUUCUGCACAAAUACGCUGCCAGUCAUUUGGGACUCUAAGCAUUAUUAUAUUCAAAAAGGCAAUUGCCCAUGAUUGCUGUGUGUCCUUUUUUUUCCCCUUUUCUUUCAGUGAUUUUAUUGCCUGAACCAGAAACAAAUAUCAAACCAAUACUUUUUGUAGCAUCGCUUUUGGAUAUCUGACAACAGUCAAUCCACUGAAUGUCAAAUUGCUUUGUAUUGAGACCUUCCCCAGAACCCAACAAAUUGAAACUGAAAUUGUAGCUACUUCCCAGCAGAAAUGAGGCAAUGUGUUCAAGUGGCUUAGCUUUAUUUGCUGGAUUCCAGAAAUCAGCGUGGGCAAACUAAUGACUUCUAGCUCUUAACUGCUGUAGAUUCAUUGACAUAAUUUUAUUGUAAACCCCUCCGAGAAACAACUAUUACAUUACAUAAAAUCAUACAGCACAGAAACAGGCCAUUCGGUCCAACCAGUGCAUGCCGAAGGUAAUCCCAAACUAAACUAGUCCCACCUGCCUGUUCUUGGCCCAUAGCCAUCAAAACCUUUUCUAUUCAUAUAUCCAACCAAGUAUCUUUUAAAUGUUGUAAUUGUACCCAUAUCCAUCACUUAAUCAGGAAAUUCAUUUCACCCAAUAACACACUUGUAUAAAAAAAAUUUGCCUUGUAUGUCUUUUUUAAAUCUCUCACCUCUCACCUAAAAAUGUGCCCCCUAGUCUUAAAAUUCUCCAUCUUAGGGAAAAGUCAACUACCAUCAACUCUAUCCAUACCUCUCAUUAUUUUAUAAACUUCUGCCAGGCCAUCUCUCAAUCUCUGACGCUCCAGUGAAAAAUUUAUAACUCCAGAUAUCUUUCAAUGAAAUUUUAUUGUUGCAUUCAAAUUCCUUUGGCUGGCUUGUCAUUCAAUCAGUACCUUUCAGCACAUUACCCAAGAUAUGAUAGAAGAACAACCUUCCAAUGAGUUUCUUUUAUCCAUUCACAGGAUAUACAUGUUCCCAAUUGUCUUGAAGUUGUGCUUACCUGCUUUCUAGAUCCACCUGCGUCCAUGUGGAUUGUAGCUUUCUGCAGCAGUUGAAUAAAAAGAAGUGGUUUACUGGGCCAGUUUGGAGGCUGUUAAGUCACCACAUUGCUGUGGGUUUGGGGUCUUGAGUAUAGCAGGUAUUUCAUAGCGUCAUUGUCAUAUGCUGCAGAAACAGAACCUUUGUUCCAACCUGUCCAACACCAACCAUAAUCCCUAACUAAACUAGUCCCACCUGUCUGCAGUUGGCCCAUAUUCCUCCAAACCAUUCUUAUUCAUCUACUUAUCCAAAAGUCUUUUAAACAUUGUAACUAUGCCCACUCCCACCACUUCCUCAAGAAGUUUACUCCACACAGAAAUGACUAUUUAUAAAAAUGUUGCCCCACUCUAGGGAAAAGACGCCACCUACUCACCUUAUUUGUACCCUUCAUGGUUUUUAAAACCUCUAUAUGGCCAACCUUCUUCCUCCUACGUUGCAGUGAAAAAGGUCCCAGCCUAUCCAGCCCCUCCUUAUAACUCAAAAUCUUCCAUUCCUGGCAACAUCCUGUCCUUCCUUCCUUUAAAAGCACAUGUGGAACAAUUGGGUUUCUAAACAACAGUCCAAUAAGUUUAAGAUCACCAUUUCUGACAUUACUUCAGUUAAUCAAUUUUAAGUAAAACACUAAAAACCCCAGCUGCUAAUGUAGGAUUUGAACACGCUUUGCUGGUACUUUAGUCAGACUUCAAGAAUAUUGGUUCAGUAACAUAACCACGAUGACACUGUACCUAUGGCCAUUUUUCAAAAGAAUAAUGAUAUCAAUUUUCUUUAUUCAUUCACAGGAUGUUGGUGUUGCUGGUAAGGUCUGCAUUUAUUGCCCAUCCCCAAUUGCCGGACGGCAAUUAAGAUUUAAUUACUGCUGUCGGUUUGGAGUCACAUGUAGGUCAGACCAGAUGAGGACAGCAGUUUCCUUACCUAAAAGACAUAAGUGAACCAGAUGGAUUUUUCCUGACAAACAAUAUUGUUUUGUGGUUAACAUUAGACUCUUCAACUCACAUUAUGAGUCUCUGAGUUAAUAGCCCAGUGAUAAUAACAAUAGGCCAUUGCCUCCAUCACAGACUGGCUGAUUAAUUCUGCCAGUUUGUCCGUUUUGAAAUUAUUGCAACAGUGGUCGAGAGUCCCACUUAGAAUUACAGUAUCUGACAGCCCAGCUCCAUGCAAUUUACUUAAUCCUCAACAAGGCACUGCUACCUAUAAUGUAUAAAAAUUGGAACCUGCACAAAUUAAGCUUUUGUGAAAAUAAUUGGAAUCCAAAAGUUAGUGAAUGGUUUCAGAGUGUUUAUUUAUAAAGUAAAAUCCUUCAUUUUCAAGAGAGUGAGGCUAUGAGCUACUGGGAAAUUGUACUUUGUAGUUUAUACAAUAAUAUGUUCUUUGGUGGCAUAAAGUCUGCCAUCCUUGCGCUAUCAAUAUGUCAUUUCAAGGAUAAGCACAGUUAAUAAACCAAUUGUUCUAAUUCUUCAAGAUUUGUCAUUUGUUUUGGAAGUUUUUUCUGCCCUGGUGUAUAAAAUGACCAUUGUGUCUGAUUAGGUUUUUACGACUGCACUUUGGAAAAUUAAAAAAAAAACUUACCUGUAAAAUUCAUUUUCUCGUGUAGAAGGUUAUAAAUUGUCAGUAAUAUUGUAUUGGAAUAAAGUCAUUUGCUUAGUGUUGUAUUUGUAAUACUCUUUGACAGGUAAGAUGGUGGGGAACUUUAAAAUUGCUUCUUCAUAACUUGAAUAAUUUUCUGCAGUUUGCAAUUAGGAGUUUGCCUAAUCCCAUCCUCAUUCAACUGAACCAAAUUAGCCCCAUUCUACUCAUCAGGAUAGAGAGCACAUUUCAUCAUCAAUGUCUUGGCACAAUUUGCGAAAGUAUUUUGAAACUAGUGGCAUGACUACAAAUCUCUUGUUUGCCCUCCAAUAUUGUGCAUGGUCCCCCUAACCUGAAUUCUCCACCCAGAAACUAAAUUGCCCAUUGUGUAUAGGUUAGCAAGAUUAGC